AUCGUCAAAAGGACAAAAUGACACAUUUUCUGGAAAAUGUUAUUUAAAAAAUUCCCGUCGUAUUUUGCAACUCCAUAAGAGUUGAGGAAAUGUAUGGAUUUAUUAAUACCUGUCUAAAAUCUUUGGUUAUUGAAAAAUUUGGAGAGGGGGCAUGGGAAAAGAUAAGAGACCAGGCUGGUGUUCAGGACAGCUUCAUGACAUAUGAAGUCUAUAAAGAUGUCAUCACAAUGAGACUGGUGGAUGAGACUUGCAAAUUUCUGGAAGUAACACCCGACAUUGUUCUGAAGCAGUUUGGGGAAUAUUUUUUUGAGUUUUGUAAGCUAUCUGGAUAUGAUAACAUGCUGCGAGCUCUUGGAGGGAAUCUUUAUGAGUUUAUUGAGAAUCUGGACGCACUGCACAGAUACCUGUCUCUCUCCUAUCAGGAAAUGAAUGCCCCAUCUUUCAGAGUGGAGAAGAAGGACAAUGGCACCAUGCAUCUACACUACUACUCAGAUCGCCAAGGAUUAAGCCAUAUUGUUCCAGGUAUUAUCAAAGCAGUGGCAACUGAUUUCUUCAACAGUGAGAUCACAAUGGAGAUUAUUCAUCAGAUUGAAGAAGAGGAAAGGACAGGAAAAAAGGAACAUGUCGUCUUCCUCAUCACUCAGAAGCCAAGUUUUUCACUCAAGAGGCCAAGCAAAUUAUCUAGUGCACCCCAGCACUGUGCAAACAUGACAAGCCAGUUGGAGAAGCUGCUGAACAAAAAGGAUUUGGAGAAGGAGAUGUACAAGAUAAGAAGCAAACAGCAGCAAGGAUCUUUCUUCAUCAGUAAUAAAAAGCAUUGGGAGACUGUGCGCAGCAUUGUGAAGCUGGGUAAAGGAAAACUUCUCAGAGGAUUUGAGCCAGUAUACCCUGAGACACUCUGCAUAGAUAUCAAAACCUUCUGUAAUGUUUUUCCUUUUCAUAUUGUAUUUGAUGAAGAGCUUGCAGUCAAACAGACAGGUGUGAAUCUACAAAAGAUUGUUCCUGGACUACAAACCAUAAGUAUUCGUCUUGAUCAAUACUUCACCAUCAUCCACCCAGAAGUGAAAUUCACCAUAUCCAGUGUGAGAAAAUUCAUCAACAGCCAGUUUGUUCUGAGAACCAAAAGAAAUAUGAUGCCAGAGUCUUGGAGGAACUGUCCAAUGCUGGAAUUAAGGGGUCAGAUGGUGUGGAUGGAGUCCCUGCACUUCAUGCUUUAUUUGGCUUCCCCUCUGCUCCGUAGCCUGCAUGAGCUGGAAGAGCGUCAAAUGCACAUUUCAGACAUUGCCCCGCACGAUGUCACGAGGGACCUGAUCUUGCUUAACCAGCAGCGACUGGCAGAGAUGGAGCUGUCCAGCCAGCUAGAGAGGAAAAAAGAGGAACUGCGUAUCCUGUCAAAGAACCUGGAGGAAGAGAAGAAGAAGACCGAAACCCUUCUCUAUGCCAUGCUUCCAAAACACGUGGCCAACCAGCUGAAAGAAGGCAAAAGAGUCGAGGCAGGAGAGUUUAAGGAGUGCACCAUUUUAUUCAGUGAUGUUGUCACCUUUACUAACAUCUGCUCGCAGUGUGAACCUAUCCAGAUUGUUUUCAUGCUGAACUCCAUGUACCUCAAGUUUGACCGGCUAACCACUGUGCACGACGUGUACAAGGUGGAGACUAUUGGAGAUGCUUACAUGGUAGUUGGAGGUGUUCCUGUCCCCAUGGCUAGUCAUGCUGAACGAGUUGCCAACUUCGCUCUGGGAAUGAUCAUUGCAGCAAGAGGAGUAACAAAUCCUGUGACUGAAAGUUCGAUUCAAAUUAGGGUUGGAAUACACACUGGACCUGUGCUGGCUGGAGUUGUUGGGGAGAAGAUGCCACGAUAUUGUCUUUUUGGAGACACAGUGAACACAGCUUCUAGAAUGGAAAGCCAUGGCGUGCCAAAUAAAAUCCAUCUCAGUACCAGUGCUUAUCAUGCUCUGAAAGGUAAAGGCUUUGAAAUCAUUGGUCGUGGUGAGAUUGAAGUAAAAGGCAAAGGGAAAAUGUGCACAUAUUUCCUGGCCAGGAAUCUUACAGUCAGUGAUAAUGAAAUA